CAUUGUAUUCAUCGUUUCCUUUUUCACUUCCAUUCGCCCCCUCCCACCGUCUUCUCCAUGUUCGACCGUUGAGAUCGCCCCCCCCCUCCCCAGAGUCGUCUAGAACGCGCCACCUGGUGGAAGGUUUUCUUUCUCGUUCUUGUUCUACACAACACACAGUCGCAUCGUACAAACCGAGUGAAAAGUUUUUACAUCAAAAGUUGUUGGGAUUUCUCUCUCUAAACACACAGUGAAAAAAAGUGGUUUUUUGGUGUUAAAUAUAUAAAGUGACGCCAUCACAAAAACUCUGGAUAUGAACGGCAGACAAAGAUGACUCUCAAUGGCGGAUGGUAGUUCGUGAAAGCGGGAUCCGUUUUCACGACGAGACGCUAUGAUGAUGAAACGACGCUUCCAGGUGAAGAUGGGCGCCCAGCAGUACCAUCAAAACGGCGGCCAUGCACGGGACAUCCAGACACGAUCCGAUCGCGAGCUCGUAUUCCUCCUACAAAAGGAUCCGACCCAGCGCACAGUACACGAAAUCAACCGGAUAUGGAUGGCAUUACGUCCGAUGGGCGCCUUUGGCUUGUUACGUGACUCUGCUCUGCGUUCGCUGUGCCGCGUCAUCCGUUACGAGCGUCACGACGCCAACGACAUCCUCUACUGUCGCGGCGAAUUGUGUUCGUGCUGGUACGUCCUGCUGUGCGGCUCGGUCUUCAUCGACGGAUCCAUGUACUUGCCCGGAGCUAGUUUUGGUAAGCGGAGUGGCGUCAGCAUCCGCCGGCCCAACGAAUGCCUCAUCCUGGAGCCGUCGGAAAUGCUCGUCGUGGAUUAUUCUGACGUUCCCCAGCGGACGCAAAGAUCAGCUUCAACUAGUUCGGCCACGGCAUCCUAUCCAUCAGCUCACCUCCACCAUCUCGAUCGCAACAAUAGGAUGGACAAUGACCAGUAUCGGGUCGGAGAUAUGCAACAUCAUCCUCUGAUGAACCACCACCAUCAUCGGGACCCUGGAACUGUUCACGUCGUCGGUGGGGGAAUGGGCACCCAAUCGCACCGCAGUUCCAGGGGAUCGGACACGAGUUCGGCCUAUUCCGGCUCGGAUACGAUGCACUCUUCCGUCCCCAGUUCCGAUCAGGAUGCCGAGGGCGUUGGCGUCGACGGCGUCGAUCACGACGGCGACGAGGUCGAUCUCACUGGUUUGAUGGAAUCGAUCGUCGACAGCGACGAGGAAGAGGACCUGGCCGAGAGCAUCGACAGCCUGACUGUGCGGGACACGGUGCGCGAGUGCCUGGAAAAGGACCCGUCGGAUCGAUCGGACGACGACAUCGAGAUCCUCCUGGAAUUCACGCAACACCUCAGGGCUUUCGCCAACAUGACGCUCUCGGUCCGACGGGCCCUGUGCCGCGUCAUGGUCUUUGCCGUCGUCGAAAAGGCCGGCACGGUCGUCAUGAACGACGGAGAGGAACUCGACUCUUGGUCCGUCAUCAUCAACGGCCACGUGGAAAUCGAUGGCGGAGCCUCCGGCGAACCUGGCAGAGCAUUACACCUUGGCGACAGUUUCGGGAUUACGCCGACGAUGGACAAGUUGUACCACCGGGGCGUGAUGCGCACCAAAUGCGACGACUGCCAAUUUGUUUGCAUCACGCAGACGGAUUACUUUAGCAUCCUGCACAAGGGCGAGGAGAAUACGCGGCGGCACGAAGAGAACGGACGCGUCGUCUUGGUGACGGAGCAACGGGCUCAGAUUGGCGCCGCCUCCUCCUCUCAGCGCUCCCACAUCGUUAUCAAAGGUACGGUGGAGCGAUUAAUGUCCCACUUGCUGGAAGACUCUUCCGGCGAUCCGAGUUACGUUGAAGAUUUCCUUUUAACUCAUCGCAUAUUUAUCGACAGUCCAUUGAUUGUGUGCAGCCAGUUGCUUGAAUGUUUCAACGAUCCGACCGUACGAGAUAAAGUGACGCGAGUCGUUCUCCUCUGGGUUAACAAUCAUUUUACGGAUUUUGAAACCGACCCGUGCAUGAUGGAGUUCCUAGAGACAUUUGAAUGUUUGCUGGAACAGUCGAAGAUGCAAAGCCAUUUGAGGAUGUUGGAUUUCGCCAGCGCGGCCAAAGCUCGAUCGCGGACGGUGACGUUGACUCGACCGAGUCGUGACGAGAUCCUUCAUUUCAGUAUCCUCGGUGGAUUCGAACGAGGUUUCGGCAUUUUCGUAGCCAAAGUGGAGAAGGGUUCCAAAGCCGAAGAAGUUGGUCUCAAACGAGGCGAUCAGAUCCUCGAGGUGAACGGGCAGAGCUUCGAACACGUCAGUCACGUACGGGCUUUAGAGAUACUCCGGGGUUCCACUCAUCUCUCCAUCACCGUUCGAUCCAAUCUUCAUGCUUUUAAAGAAAUGUUAAACACGCCCGACAAUUCGCCACGACCUCGCGGUAAGAAACUGGAAUCGAAAUCGUCUUCCAGCAACAAAAUGCUGGGCGGAUCGUCUUCCGAUGUUCACUCAGACAGCGGCUCGGCGGGCAACUCGUGCGCGUCGCCAUGUAAAGACAAGACGGCGCUAAUUGGUUCCAAGAGCGCCGCAGGCGGUGGCGGUUUCAUGACGCUCGGCCACAAAACUAAAUUGAAGCAUUUUUGGGGCAAGGUCAAUCAGAUUGCCAGAGGCAAACCGGGAGAAACGGCCGGCGAUGAAGUCAUGUACGGUUCCACGACGGGCUCGGCGGAUUCGAGCGCCGCACAAUCUGGUGCUGUCGGCUCGGCCUUGACGGGCAACAGCGUCAACCAGAUGUACAUGAGUCACAGCAAUCCGGAUCUGACGAGCAUUUGCUACGAGGAUCCGCGGGCCGACUACCCGGAGCACGCCCUCAAAGUCUUUAAAGCCGACCAGACGUCCAAGUACCUGCUGAUCCACAAAGAAACGACGGCCAGAGAAGUGGUGAUGCUCUCUCUGCAGGAAUUCCAAAUCACGGACCCGUCGUCCAACUACAGCCUCUGCGAAGUGACGGUGACGGACAGCGGCAUCAUCAAACAGCGCCGGCUGCCGGACCAGUUGCAGAACUUGGCGGAGCGGAUCGGCGUGGCCAGCCGCUAUUACCUCAAGAACAACCAGAGCACGGAAACGCUGGUGCCGGACGAGCUGGCCGGCGAGCUGAUGCGCGAAUCUCAAGUCCAGUUCCUCCACCUCAACGCCGUCGAAGUGGCCGUCCAGCUGACGCUGCAGGAUUUCGCCAUUUUCACGCAGAUCGAGAGCACCGAGUACGUCGACGACCUGUUCCAGUUGCGCAGCAAAUACGGCACGCCUCAUUUAUCGCAAUUUAGCGAGCUGGUGAAUCGCGAAAUGUUUUGGGUGGUGACGGAAGUGUGCGCGGAACACAAUCUGAUGCGGCGGAUGCGGGCCAUCAAGCAGUUCAUCAAAGUGGCCCGCCAGUGCAAAGAGUGCAAGAAUUUCAAUUCCAUGUUCAACAUCAUCUCCGGCCUGGGCCACGGCGCCGUUUCCAGGCUGAAACAGACGUGGGAGAAGCUGCCGGGCAAAUACCAGCGCCUCUUCCGCGACAUGCAGGAUCUGAUGGACCCGUCUCGCAACAUGUCAAAGUACCGCAAUCUCAUCAACAGCGAGCAAGUCCAGCCGCCCAUGAUUCCUUUUUUUCCUGUUGUCAAAAAGGAUCUGACGUUCAUCCAUUUGGGCAACGACACGCGCGUCGACGGACUCAUCAACUUUGAGAAGCUGCGCAUGAUCGCCAAGGAGGUCCGCUCCUUGUCGCACAUGUGCUCGGCCCCCUACGACUUGUUCACGAUGCUCCAACUGGGCGGACAACCCCCGUCGGCCGCCAUGAUGGCCAUGAAUCAAUUGACGACCGGAUCGGGCAUGGCCGGUGGCGCCGUCCACCACGACCGACACCACCUCUCGUCGGCCACGGUCAAGAGACGCAAAAAGUCGGCCGCCAUGCCCAAUUCCAAGAAAAUGUUUGAGGAAGCCCAGAUGGUCCGUCGCGUCAAGGCUUACCUCGGAAACAUGAAGGUCAUAACGGACGAAGAACAACUGCGACACAUGUCGGUCGAAGUGGAACCACCUGCCGGAAGCAAUCAAUUGACGGCCACCACAUCCAAUCCGGGCAGUUCGGGCGGUGGCGGUGGGUCGGAAAGUCGGGCAACGGGCGCGUCGGUCCUCAGCGCCGUCAAUCACCACGUCCGCAAACGACACCCGAGUCCGACGCUGUCGACGACGAGCACGGCCAGUUCCACCAGCGCCACCAGCGAGAGCCGCAGGGGACAGCAGGGACCCAAAUUCGGAGCGGCCAGUCCGCAGUCGGUCCGUAAAAUGUUGGCUCUGAGCGAGCCCAGCAAGACGAGACCGUACCAGGCGCCGAACAGACCCAUGGGCGCGUGUUCUGUUUCCAUGGCUCUACCUCUUCCAGGCUCAGGAUUGCUCCAGCAACAUUCUCCUUCUCCAUCGCCUGGAUUGAAUCGGAGAGUGCCUGGAGCGCCACCCCAACCGCCGCCGCUCAGGACGGCCACGCACGAACGAGCGCAUGAACGUUCGCACUCUGACGCCGCCCUGCCCGUCGACCUCAACGCCGAGAGCAGCAGCGUCACAAGUCUGGCUAAUUUGGCAGCCAUGCGCAAGUCGCACAUGUCCGGAUCGGCCACUUCGAGCGACAGCGGCGGCGGAGGCAGCGGGACCAGCGGAGGUGGAGGAUCCGGCUCUUUGCCUCAACCCCUGGGACUGGGAUUGACGCUGGGCAUCGGAUUGGGCAUCGGCCUUGGCUCUGAUGGCAUCGACGCCGCUUAUUGCAACCAGUUCAACUCGCAUUCCAAUAACUCGGUGGAAGGCGUUUCCGGAGGGGGUCACGCGCAUUUGCUACAUCAUCCGUCCGGCCACGCUGGAACGAACGAGUCACCGCCUGUCGCUCCACGAACUAGGGUACCUUUAUACCCGCAUGGAACCCAAGCCAAGGUUGUGGCUCCUACUUCUUUUAACAUUCCGACUGUAGUAGUUCAAGACGUAGCAAACAGCCAGCCGGCUAGGGCCAGCUACAUGAAAACCGCUAAUCGGGUCUUGCCUGCUCUUCCUCUCCAACCGGUUGUAUUAAAAAGGAGAGGUCCUAUCUUCCCCCGAGAGCUUCCACCUCGAGCCCGACGACCUCCCGACUACAACGUAGCGGCCCAGAUGGCGCGAAUGGCUCGACUCAGUCGGGCCCAUUCACACGAAGGAGUCACGGCCGGCUACUACAGCUCCGAUCCUGAAGAAGAAGACGACGAUGACGAAGCUCAAGUGUCAGCUGUUUAAUGGAGACGAGCAGCACCUGACGGUCAAAAAGAAACAAAACAGCUCGAGGCCAAAGACUAGCAGCAGCAGAAUGAAACAAAAGAGAAACUCGUGUUAAUUUCCCCGAUAAAAUUAUUCUCCUUUUUUUUUUUUUUUUUUGAAGGACAGAGAUAUCAGUGUACGUAUAGCCUGCUUUAAUUAUAUAUCAACAACUCCCUGACUUAUCGAUACCACUAUUAUACAUUCUGAACACAUCCCACGGCCUUUUUUGUAUAGGUGUACAGUGUCGUUUGUAGCCUCCCCCCCGCCCACCUCUACCUGUAAAUAAGAUCAACAACAUUUUACAGCAACAAACAUAAACACUUUGUUCUCGCUUUUAACCAACAUCCUGUGUGCAUAUAUAAUAGUAAUCCUCUCAUACUCAAAAGUAGUGAUCUUUUUAUUAUUAUCAUUUUUUUAACACAAGUUGAAAGAAUAUCCAUCCCGCGCCAUUUUCUCCCCGCCCCGUUCUGCAUCCAUCGGCUUUUGUGUGGGCCCUUUUUGGUGGCCCCCUUUUCAUUGUCUUAUUUUAUUCUUGAAAUUCCUACACAUCAUAUCUACACACACAAUCAAUACGUUUUCCAGUAUACAUAAUAUCGCCGUUCCUGACUGUGCAUUCAAUGUUAUGCAUUGCGCAAUUAUUAUCAAAUUCCACCG